AUGGUACAGUUAUCACCUGCGGAAAGGUCAUAUUUAUAUGACUCCUUGACUCAACAACCAAUCAUAAGACCAGAUUUAAGAUCAAUUCAUCAAUAUCGUCCUUUGGUUGCCAAAACUUCGUUUUUACCAGGAUCAAAUGGAUCAGCCAGAAUAAGAACAGGAGAUGGAAGUGAAUGUAUAGUAAGUGUUAAAUCUAAAGUUGUAUUAAUGUCACAAGAAAGUAAUUUAAUAGAAGUUGAUGUUGAUAUUAUUGGUCAUAGAGACGAUUCAAAUUAUGUUUCGAAUUUGAAAUUUCAAUUAAUGAAUUUAUUACAACAGAAUUUCCCUCAUGAAAUACUUAAAUUAACAACAAGAUAUGCAUUCAAACUUUAUAUUGAUUGUAUUGUUAUAAGUCAUACUUCAUAUCCUUUAAGUUUAUUAUCUUUGACAACAUAUUUGGCCUUGAAAACAACGCGAUUACCUUUGUUGAUCAGUGAUGUCAAUGAUGAAGAAAUUGCUGAACAACCUACAUUUAGUGAUGAUUGGGAUAAUGCUAAGCUUUUACAAGAUUGUCUAGAAAAUGGUAAAACAUUCCAACCACCGAUUUUCAUCACCAUUGGAGUCAUUGGAAAUAAUUUGAUCCUUGAUCCUUCCAUUGAAGAAGAGCAAGUUUUGGAAAACGGCUUAAUUGUGAGUUUCUAUAACAAUAAGGUAAUAACUCCUAUUUCGAACACGAAUUUUGCUGUAAAUUCUAAUAAUUCGAACUUCAAAGGUUUAAAACAAUCAUUGGUGGUUAAAUCUAUUGCAUUAUGUAACAAAUACUGUCCUAGUAUCGUAAAAGCAUUGGAUAAUUUGAUAGAAGAAGAUAAUGAUGAAAAUGACGGUUCUAUAUUCUAA